CAGCCCUCCUCGAAGACCUGGAUUGGCUACUAGAUCACCAUCUCUUCAAUUUCGUUAACGCAAGCAGAGCAAGGAAGCUUGAAAGAGGGUUUAGGGUUUUGCAGAGAGGAGGAAAGCUAUGAAGGAAGGAAAGAGCAGAAAACGCAAAAGAUCCAAGCAUGGAAAACCACAGAAUCAGCACAAACCUCUUCCAUCUAACAAUGCCGGCCAAUUUCAUAGACAAGAGGAACCUGAACCGAAGAAUCCUUCUUCUUCAAAGAAGCCAAAGUCAUCCUCUUUCCUCGACAAGAUGCGAGCGAGGUUAUCAGGGGGACAUUUCCGCAUGCUUAAUGAAAAGCUCUAUACUUGCACUGGAGAAGAGGCCCUUAAAUGUUUCAAGGAAGACCCAUCCUUGUUUGAUAUGUAUCAUGCAGGAUACCAAGAACAAAUGUCACAUUGGCCUGAGCAGCCAGUAAAUAUAAUCAUGAAUUGGCUAAAAGAUCGCAGUUCUUCUUUAGUUGUGGCUGAUUUUGGCUGUGGAGAUGCACGCCUUGCAAAAAAUGUGAAGAAUAAAGUUUUCUCUUUUGAUCUUGUAUCCAACAACCCUUCAGUAAUUGCUUGUGAUAUGGCCAAUACACCCCUUGAUUCUUCAUCUGUAGAUGUUGCAGUCUUUUGCCUUUCAUUGAUGGGCACUAACUUUCCAAGUUACCUCGAGGAAGCCCACAGAGUUCUUAAGCCAAACGGUUGGCUAUUGAUAGCGGAGGUGAAGAGCAGAUUUGAUCCAAACACUGGAGGAGCUGAUCCAAAUAAGUUUUCAAAAGCCAUUACAGAUCUUGGAUUUUCUUCAAAGCUUAAGGAUUUCUCAAAUAAAAUGUUUAUUUUGUUAUACUUCCAAAAGAAGGAGAAGCAAAGUUCACAGACAAAAGAAAUCGAAUGGCCUGAGUUGAAACCCUGUUUAUACAAGCGUCGCUGAGAUGAAAAGUGAAAUGAUAUUAAUUUGAUGUUAUUCAAGAUGACUUGGAGGUUCUGCAAAUUGUAAAAUUUUGUAAUUUUAUUGUUAUGUUCCUUGAUGAACUCAGUUUUAGAUGUUACAUCAUGCAAUUUGGCAGUCUUAUGUAUGUAUAGCAUGUGGAAAAGAAUUACUUUUAUGUCCAUUCAUACGCCAGUCAAGCAUACAGUAUCUCUACCAGGACGGACUUGGUUUACCUUUUAUUCUGGCUGAAAUAAGGCAUGAACUUUGGUAGAUUCUACUAUAAUCAAUGAUGAGGAUAAAGCAAUCGUAUGUGUAAUGGAUUAUCCUAUAAUUUUGCCCCCAAAACUUAGGAGGAUUGUGAAAGAUGCUAUGUUGUGCAACUUGGAGAGGACGUCUAACUUAUCAAAGGGUUUGUCAUCGUUGUAAUCUUGUGGGGUAUAUUUAUGCAUGAGGUAUGAAAAAGGAGCUAUUUUUAAUGUGGAA